CAAGGACACGACGAGCUGGACCACCAGCCAGCGCAAGGCAACCACCACCCACCUCCUCCACUCGCCGCAACCAACACCAACCCAAGCAAUGGAGCUCCGCACCCUCGGCGGCACGGGCCUCCGCGUCAGCCCCGUCGGCUUCGGCGCCUCCCCGCUCGGCAACGUCUUCGGCGACGUCCCCCGCGACGUCGCCCGCGCCACCGUCCGCCGCGCCCUCGACCUCGGCAUCAACUUCUUCGACACAUCCCCGUACUACGGCGGCACGGUCUCGGAGUCGGUGCUCGGGGACUGCCUCCGCUUCGCGGGCGUCCCGCGCGACAGCUUCGUGGUCGCCACCAAGUGCGGCCGCUACAAGGAGGGCUUCGACUUCAGCGCCGCCCGCGUCACGCGCAGCGUCGACGAGAGCCUCGCGCGCCUCGGGCUCGACUACGUCGACAUCCUUCACUGCCACGACAUCGAGUUCACCAACCUGGACCAGAUUGUGAACGAGACGAUUCCUGCGCUCCAAAAGAUCAAGGAGAGUGGGAAGGCGCGGUUCAUUGGAAUUACUGGAUUGCCGUUGAGUAUCUUCACCUACGUGCUUGACCGGGUGCCUCCCUGCUCCGUAGAUUUGGUUCUGUCCUACUGCCACUACGGAAUCAAUGAUACUGCUCUUGUGGAUUUGCUACCGUACUUAAAGAGCAAAGGUGUUGGGGUGAUCACUGCUUCACCCCUUGCUAUGGGGCUUCUCACGGAUAACGGGCCACCUGAGUGGCACCCUGCACCAGAAGAACUCAAGCUGGCAUGCAGGACCGCAGCAGAUCACUGUAGAAAGAAGGGGAAACAUAUUACAAAGCUAGCCAUGAAGUAUAGCUUGAUGAACAAUGAAAUUUCUACAGUUCUUGUUGGAAUGAACUCUCCAGAACAGGUGGAGGAGAAUGUUGCUGCUGCUGUUGAGUUGUCGACUUCAGGCAUAGAUGAAGAACUUUUGCAUGAAGUCGAAGCAAUUCUAGAACCUGUUAAAAACUUGACCUGGCCCAGUGGUAUUCAGCAAGCAUAAUAUCCGAGUACGACAUUAGCAGCCUUGCCUGCCUGCCUGGUGAUUGAAAUAUAAAUAUCCAACUUUCCAAGGCAACCAAAUGGACGACCUUUGUUUGGAAUUUGUGGGCAAUGUUGUUGUCUCGAGUAAUUUAUAUAUGCCUGGGAGCCGACACUAACAAUAAAAGGUGAAUGAUGAUUGAUCAUUGAUAUAUUGUUCGCGUAUGCCUGCAUAUAUCUAGAAAAUCAUAUGGAUACAACAGUGGACCGUUGGGGUUUCAGUGAUGAUGUUGUGACCCUAGUUUAUGGGGGUUACAAUGGUCAUGUGUUGGGUGGUCUUGUGGCUCCAAUUCGCAUAAGUAAGCAUGUUUGCAACGUUUU